AUGCAAAUUAAAUAUAAUGUUAUCCCAUUUUUAAGUACCACCCAAGUAGCAUUUGGUAUCCGGCUAUACACGCUACUGCUGGGACAUAUGUCGAUUACUUGUACCGUCCAAAAGGUAAUUGCAAAUGCUAUGCUUGGAAGAUCGUUAUACAAUCAAAGCAUGCAGAAAGGAUCAUUUGAGACUACCACAGAGGAAAUUCAAAUCUUAGAGAAAGACAUUUCAAUAAUCAAAACUGGCGAUGUCGUAUUAAGUCAAAAAAUAUGCAUUAUCAACGAAGCCAUCGACGAACUAGGAUUUACCUGGUUUCAUUUCAAGUUAUUCUGUAUUGCCAGGUUUGGUUAUUCGGUAGAUUCUCAAAUGGCAAUGAUCCAAUCGGGAGUAAAAAGUUAUGUUGAUGGUCAAAUGAGAGGCGGUGGAUAUCCCGUUGCAACAGAGAUAUUCUAUGCAGAUUUAAUCAUUGGUUCCAUCAUGUUUGGUUUUGGUGCAGAUCUAAUUGGCCGUAAGCUAGCAUUCAACCUAUCACUAUUACUUAAUUCGACAUUUGGAUUUUUCACUGGUGGAACAUCGAGUUAUGCAAUGUACUGCAUCUUCCUAUUCCUGUCAACCCUUGCAGCAGGUGGAAACUUGGCAACCGACGUUGCAGUGUUUCUUGAAUUCUUACCAUCCAAAUAUCAAUAUUUGAACACCACGAUGGCAGCAUGGUGGGGUGUGGGACAGACAAUUGCAAACCUCAUUGCAUGGCGGUUCCUACCAUCGUACUCGUGCGACGAUCCUACGAGUCCAGAUUGCACAUCACGUCUGAAUCGUGGGUGGAGGUACUGUUGGUAUGUGAACUCAGGUAUAGUGAUGGGUGCAGCACUCAUUCGUCUAGUCUACUUACAACUUGGAGAAACUCCCAAGUUUCUAGUCUCUACAGGUAGAGACCAGGAAGCAGUUAAUGAACUCCAGACAAUUGCGGCUAAAUACAACCGUCCAUGUUCACUGACGGUGGAAAACCUAGAAGCAUGUGGUACAAUUCAAGACACGUAUUUUGAUCCCUCCAAAAUAUCAGACUUCAAAACUGGUUUGACAGAGCUAUGUUAUUCUACUAAAAUGAAUAUAAAAGUUCUCUUCUGUGAUAAAUUAGUUAUCAGAUCCACUAUUUUGAUCAUCACAUCUUGGGUGUUUAUUGGAAUCUCCUAUUCGGUUUUUUACAAUUUCCUCUACAUCUAUAUUGCAUCACAUGGUGGAGACACCGGUUCAUCACCAUACAUCACGUAUAGAAACUCCACCAUUGCCAAUUUUGUCGGUAUCUUUGGUCCGAUAUUCGGAGGAGUGCUUAUUCUAAUACCAAGAAUGGGGAGGAGAGGUACCAUGGUCUUCGGCGCUUUAUCCACCAUGGCAAUCCUCUUUGGAUACACCACGGUCAGGACGCCUGCUGGAGAUGCCGGGUUCAGCAGCGCAACGUAUUUCUUUAUGAAUGUGUACUAUGCAUGUCUAUACGCAUACACACCAGAAGUGUUCCCCACCAAGGCCAGGGGUACAGGUGUUGCUUUGUGUUUAGUUGGCGAUCGGAUUGCUGGAGCAUUUGCACCUGUUGUGUAUUGGUACGGAGAACAAACAGGAACAUCUGUUCCUAUCUGGGUGUGUGGUGGAAUCAUUGGUUCGUUGUCCGUCCUUGCGUUGGCAAUGCCUUUUGAACCAAGCAGAGACAAAACUGCUUAG